CGUUAGGAUGUCGCGUUACGGCCGCUAUGGAGGCGAGACCAAGGUGUACGUGGGGAACCUGGGCACGGGCGCGGGCAAAGGCGAGCUGGAGAGAGCCUUCAGCUACUACGGGCCCCUGAGAACCGUGUGGAUCGCGAGGAACCCGCCGGGGUUCGCCUUCGUGGAGUUUGAAGACCCGAGGGAUGCUGAAGAUGCUGUCCGUGGACUCGAUGGGAAGGUGAUAUGUGGCUCCAGGGUUAGAGUGGAAGUGUCAACGGGGAUGCCUCGUCGCUCCCGUUACGACAGGCCUCCUGCACGGCGCCCUUUUGACCCUAACGACAGAUGCUAUGAGUGUGGUGAGAAAGGCCACUAUGCUUAUGAUUGUCACCGCUAUAGUCGCCGAAGGAGGAGCAGGUCCCGGUCUAGAUCCCGCUCAAGGUCCCGAGGAAGAAGGUAUUCGCGUUCACGCAGUCGGAGUCGUGGUAGGAGGUCCAGGUCAGCUUCCUAUCGUAGGUCCCGGUCCGUUUCUCCUCGUAGGUCUAGGUCUGUGUCUCCCCGCCGGUCCCGAUCGGGUUCCUUGAAGAGAUCAAGGUCUAGAUCAAGAUCCAGGUCUAGAUCCAGAUCUGUUACGUGGCCCCGAAGCAGGUCUAGGUCUCAUGGCAGAUCAAAGUCUGGCUCGCCGGCUAAGAGUCGGUCAAAGUCCCGAUCACCAUCUCCAAAGAGAAGUCGCUCACCAUCAGGAAGCCCUCAAAGAAGCGCAAGUCCUGAACGAAUGGAUUAAAGUUAUGAAGUUAAUCUUUUAGGAAGAAAGUUAUUUUGCUUACAUUAUUAUAAGGGAUUUUGUGGUGUCUUUGUAAAUGUAAGAAUGUAGAUAGAAGAGUAUAUCAACUAAAAUUUGGCAUGAUCUGGGUCUUCUGAGUUAGUCACACCAAUAGACUAGCACAGGUCUCUUUUUAUUGUAUGAAUUAACUUCCUGUGAUACGAAAAUGUGGGACUUUUUUAUUGGCACAUUGAAAUAAAAUGUGUAUUUUUAA